UCAUUUUACCUAUAAAUGUACAUCACCCAAAGGUUAGGCUUCGACACAUGCUUUAGAUCCUAUCAAGUAUAGAGAAACAAAGGAAAACGACCUAUUUUCCUUUAGAGCUCAAGAGGCUAUAGAAAAGUAGAAAGACAAGUAUAAAGGCUGUGAAAUAAAAGAGAGAGACAGCAAGGAGACAUGGGAAGACCACCUUGUUGUGACAAAGAAGGAGUCAAGAAAGGGCCUUGGACUCCUGAAGAAGACAUCAUUUUGGUGUCUUAUAUACAGGACCAUGGUCCUGGCAACUGGAGGACAGUUCCUACCAAGACAGGGUUGUCAAGAUGCAGUAAGAGUUGUAGACUUAGAUGGACAAAUUACCUGCGGCCAGGAAUCAAACGUGGUAACUUCACAGAACAAGAGGAGAAGAUGAUAAUCCACCUUCAAGAUCUUUUAGGGAACAGAUGGGCUGCAAUAGCUUCAUACCUUCCACAGAGAACAGAUAAUGACAUAAAGAACUAUUGGAACACCCAUUUAAGAAAGAAGUUGAAAAAGUUGCAAACAGGUUGUGAAGGUAGCAUGGGAGAUGCGUUUUCAGGCUCAAGGCAAAUUCCUAGGGGCCAAUGGGAAAGAAGGCUCCAAACAGAUAUCCAAAUGGCGAAGAGAGCUCUGAGUGAAGCUCUUUCCCCUGAGAAACCAUAUUGUUUAUCUGGAUCAAACUCAAACCCUUCGGAUAGUAGCAGUUCCUUCUCUUCCACCAAACCAUCUCAAUCUUUGUGCUAUGCUUCGAGUGCUGAGAACAUAGCUCGCAUGUUGAAGGGUUGGAUGAAAAGCCCACCAAAGUCCUCAAGAACAAACUCAUCUGUGACUCAGAACUCCUUCAACAACUUAGUCGCAGCAGGUGCUGAUACUGCUUCCAGUGGAGCAAAGGGACCGAACAGUGUUGAAUUGUCUGAGAAUUUUGAAUCCCUGUUUGAGUUUCAUCAGUCUUUGGAAUCCUCAAACUCUGAUCAGUUGUCUCAGUCGUUUUCUCCCGAGGCCACUGUUUUGCAAGAAGAAAGGAAGCCUGAUAUUGGUGCAGAAAUAAUGCCCUUCUCUUUGCUCGAGAAAUGGCUUCUUGAUGAGGCUUCUUGCCAAGAGAAACUUGGUUAUGGUGAUGCCAAGUUUUUCUAAAUUGCUUCAUUCUGUGACAUUCAAAACUUGAUUUUUUUAAUUCACAUGUUAACACCAGCAUCGAUCUCGCUUUGGCUCCACAGAGAUUGUUUUCAAGCCUUUGGUGCUAAAAUAGUGUAUAUUUGAUUAUUGACAUUAUUAUUAUUAUUAUUAUUAUUAUUAUUAUUAUUA